GUGUGGUGUUUAUUUCAUCUACAAAAAACCUCGAUGAAUAUUGAUACUCUCAGUUGUAAGCAGAACUUUAUGAAAAUGUAUUAGCUCGCAGGUCGAUAGCCGCCGGGUUUGAAACCUAUCUCAAUCUGUUCAAGUCGUGACAUGCAAUAGUUGAAAUUGCUACCUUCACUCUGAAGACUGUUUUUGUCGCGUAAUUCAGCUUUAUUGAUAACAAGUUUGCUGUUUGCCUCUGAACACUCGAUCACAGGGAACUAUAACACUUCGUUCGACUAGCCGACCUUCUACUGCUUUUUGUAAUCGUCUCGUUAACAUACCAACUUCGGUAGCAAACAAAGGCGACGCACGUAGAAUCCUGAGAGGGGUAUUCCUUUAAAGUUAGCGUGACCGAAUCUCAACAUGAUCACGCAGAAGAAUUUAUUUGCCUCAUCUCUUCGAGGAAUUCUUCUGUUCCUGACUUGGCAAACUAUCAGUUAUAAAGGCGUGACAUCGACCUCAUGCCAAUCCCAACCAUGUCUGUACUUCAGCAACAGUCGCGCUCUCCAAGCGUUAGAUAUCAGCUCCUCCAACUUGUACUCAGUCGCACCAAACCUCAACUCUGUUGAUGCAGUCGACGUGCACGUGAAACUGAAUUUGGUGUACUGGAGCGAGCGUCAGCCAAACGUCAUAAAGAGGCUGAACAUUACUAGUGGAAAAGUGGAGAACGUGUCAACAGACAGCAACAUAGGUCAGAUCAAAGGUAUUGCGGUGGAGUGGGAGAGUGGACUAAUUUAUUGGACUGAUAACACCAAUCGUCGGAUCGAAGUAGCGCAGUUGGACGGGAAAAACAGACGGGUCUUGUUUAGUAAAGAUAUACGAAAUCCUCUUGGAAUAGUUGUGGACCCAAGAAAAGGGUACAUGUUUUGGUCAAACGGAGGAUUUCAAAGUAAAAUCGAGAGAGCUUCUUUGGCAGGUGAAAAUCGGAAAACCUUGGUCAACCUUGGGAGCUCAUAUUUUAACGUUCCGGUCGGGAUGACCAUCGAUUUCCAAGCAAACCGUAUAUAUUUUAUUAGUCGAGGACUUUUUACCAAAAGGCUGGAAAGCAUUGACUUUGAUGGAAACACCCGACAACAGUUUACAUCCCUCUCAUCCAUUAGUUAUCCUUAUGAUAUUGUAUUGCUGAGCGGAGUGUUUUACGUAUCUGACGCGAGAGGCAACAAAAUCUUCAAGAUCGAGAAGUCCACAAAGAGAUCUCUGGGAAACUACGCAGGUCUUGGUUUCAGUAAUCUUCGAGGGCUUGAGAUGUUCUCCUCCUUGCGACAACCUAAAGGUAGCUCUGCUUGCCACAACAAUAGUGGAUGCAGCCACCUUUGUCUGCUAUCGCCAGCAGGGAGCCAAUGCGCAUGUCCAAUAGGAAGCAUUUUAAAGCCUGACGGAAAGACGUGUGAUGAUUCAGCAUCCAAACUUCUCCUAUUGGCUGAUAAGACGCAACGAGGACUCUAUCAAAUACCAUUGGGAGCAUCAAUUUCAAAGAAGGCCAUGGCAAUCCCAUUAAACAAUGUCAGGAGACCUGUGGGGGUUGAAUUUGACCCCCUUAAUGGCUUCGUCUACUGGUCUGACAGCUUCAGAGACGUAAUUUCCCGAGUCCAUUUGAAUGGCAGCACACAGGAGGAAGUGGUGGAUCGUUUGAGAACACCUAAUGGCAUUGCAAUAGACUUCAUUGCGAGAAAUCUGUAUUGGACAGACGAAGGGUCAAACAGAAUCGAAGUGUCUCAGUUGGACGGCUCCUUCAGAAAGACUCUUGUGUAUAAUGAUCUUUGGGAUCCACUUGACAUUGUGCUCGACGUGGAGAAGGGAUACAUGUAUUGGAGUCAGGAAGGGAGUUCAUCCAUCGAUACCAAAAUAGAACGAGCCGAUAUGGAUGGAAUGAACAGAGUUGUCGUCAAAAGCUGGAAUUAUUACUCUCAUACCACUAGGUCUCCAAAUGGCCUCGCCCUAGAUAAAGAGCAAAAUCGUCUGUAUUAUUUCGACGAUUACACAGACCGUAUCUACUACGUUUCACUGAGUACUGGCGCCGAAAGCACUCUAUUGAUCAGACAGGGCAGUCCCAAGGGAACAGUCGUACAUGGAAGUUACAUUUAUUGGACAGAGACACAAGGUCAAAGUGGUGCGGUCUACAGGGCUGAUAAGAAAUCAGGAGAAAAUGUCGAGAGCGUGGUCAGCGGCCUUGUUGGGCCGGAAGAUAUCUGCGUUUACGACGCAAACGACUCGUUGCUCCAGACAGUGAAAUCAAAUUGUAGCAGGAACAAUGGAGGUUGCAGCCAUCUUUGUUUGCUCACUCCAGGCGGGCAUCGAUGUGCAUGUCCAAAUGAAAUGAAUUUGAAGCCCGACGGGAAAACUUGUCAUUUUAGCGAGUUUUUACUUUUCGCCGACUCAACAAGGAAGAAGAUAUACCUGAUUAAUAUCGACAACCAGCAUUCACAAGUGGUACCCCUGGAACUAGGUAACCUUCAAGAGCCCGAAGCACUGGACUUUGAUCCGCAGACUCACUCCAUUUAUUGGUCUGACCUGCAGUUCCGUCAAAUAGCACGUGCUAAUCCUGACGGAAAAUCAAAGACGAUCAUUGUUAACAGCGGUCUCCAACGACCCAGAGGCAUUGCAGUUGACUAUGCUGGAAGAAAUUUGUAUUGGACAGACUAUGACGGCGAAAGGAUUGAAGUCGCAAAACUUGAUGGAUCACAGAGGAAGGUUUUAAUCUCUCGAAAUAUUGAGAAGCCUGUGGACAUUGUGUUAGACUUGAAUAACGGUCUUAUGUACUGGUCGUCGUGGAGUACACAGCCAAAAAUAGAGCAAGCAUCCAUGGACGGAAGUAAUAGGAGUACGGUUGUUUUGUUUCAAAGAAGCUGGUGGCAUCGUCCCGCAAACCCUAAUGGAUUAGCUUUGGAUCCCGAAACUAGCAGGCUCUUUUGGGUGGACACGACUAAAUCUCUGAUACAGUACACGGACCUUGGACUUGGCGAUGGUUCCAUAACCACUCUCCCUGUCCCAAGUUUCUACUUAUCAAAUGCUUAUGGGUUGACUUUGAAAGACAAUACACUGUAUUGGAGCACCUCUGGAUCCAUUUAUGCGGCAGACAAGAAGACGGGUGGUAACGUGCGUCGUUUAGUAAGGAAUAUUGCGAGUCCUCGAGAUGUUCACGCAUAUCAUAACUAUUCAGCAAUUCCAGAUGACCACCCUUGCUCUCUGUUCAAUGGAUGGUGCACACAUCUUUGUCUGUUAAAACCAGGAGGGUAUCAGUGUGCGUGUCCAACUGACACCGGAGAUAUUCCCUGCAAGACUACACCUGUUAUUCCACCUUCGUCCACACUGUCGCUCUCGCCUUCGCGGUCGCCUUCGCGGUCGCCUUCGCCAUCCUCGUCGCCAUUGUCAAUCUCAUCCCCACUAUCAACAACGUCUUCCACAUCUACGCCAUCUUCCAUGUUAGCUUUUUCAACAUCGUCAAAGUCACCACUGCAAUCAACUCCUCCAUCUCCAUCACCACUACCGAUGCAAACAUCGUCGUUAUCGCCGUCACUGUCAGUUUUCAAUUUCCCAAUUUCAUCAUCCUCUCUGCCGCUGUCAUCGUCAUCGAUGCCGUCGCUGUCCGUUUCUUCCCCGCAACAGGAACCUGCUUCAUCACAUACAUUAUUGAAGCAGCCCUCAUCUUCCAUCGUAUCAUUAUCACAUUCUUCCGUGAUAUCAACUUUACCACCCCCAGUUGAUGCGUGUAUUUCAAGACCAUGUAAAAAUGGCGGUACAUGUCUCGAGGGAAACGAGGGUAGCUAUACCUGUCGGUGUGCCUUAGGAUAUACCUGGCCUCAUUGUGAGCUCAAUAUAGGUGACAAUGUCGUGAGUAUAGCAUUCAAAAUGACCACGGCUCAAUGGAACCAAGACACUCUCAGGAAGAGCAUUGCAAAAGCAUUCACCGAGUACUGCACAAAAGACCAACGCCCAUGUAAACUUCGUAAGAGGCUGAACGAUAUCAGAACCCGAUCAACACCGCGCAUCGACGAUAUCAAUGUUUUCAGAACCGAGGACGUGUUAGUGCUUGGAAGGCAUUUUGAAGGACACCAACGCUUAUUCAGCAUCGUUCUGGCAGUGUUGGUACCUGAAGAAAAGCAGCGCCAAUCAUCUCUAAGACAAACCAUCUCAGCUGCUACUCUCUGCAAAAUGAUAGUAAAAACGUCAGAACGUAUUUCAGAGUAUAUGGAUAACGUUGAAAUAGUCUUAAUCAAUGGUGAAAAGGAGCCAACUUGUGCGUCUAACCCAGUGGACGAUGAUGAACAAGAAGGCAAAAACGGACAAAUCAGUGGGAAUAAAGGAAGAAAAGUUGAUAGUCAGCAUGAAGAAGGGUUAUCUUCUGGUGCUACAGCUGGAAUUGUUUUGAGUAUCAUUUUAGUCAUCAUUCUCGUGGGUGUUGGCUUCGUCUUAGUGAGGUCGCGGGAAAAGGGGUUGAAAAUUUUUAGAACUCCUUUCACACUUUCAUUUAACAAUCCUGGCUUCGAGCCUCAUUCCAAUCUUCACGACGACAAUUCAGGAGGAGUUCCCUUCAGUAUUCCAGAGACUUCCGAGCCUUACGAGGUAGUAAAACUUCCAUCUUCAAUCAGCGAAAGACAGGUUCAGAACCCAGAAACAUCUGUUUACGAGCAAGAGUGCGCGAAUCCUUUAUAUCUCGCAAAGAGUAAAGAUGGUGAUUUCCAAAGCUCAGCUGGCAAUCCAAUUUAUGAGUCCAUUAACGGGCACGGGAGUGGGAAUCCAAAGGGACCAAGAGCUGAAUCUGAUUAUGGAAGCUUGGCCAAACGAAAAUUUCAUCCCGAUGGCGACCGAAAUGAAGAACAACUGUAUGCUAAGCCAUAUAAAAUAAAACCUCGUUCGCCCUCUGGGUUUAAUUCCCCUGAAGCGCAAAAUGGCAACACUUAUGCCCAGCUUGGCUUGGGGAGCGUUGUGCAACCUAGCCAAGAUAGUGGUUUUGAGCAGCCUGGGUACGCGUCACUCGCUCCCUUCUCUCGAAAUAUCCACGGAGGCAAUGGCAAAGGUGUUAGUUCUCGCAAGGGUAUUUCCUCGCAGGAUAAUUUUUGGCCUCAAAACACUGUGCACCCCCAAAAUCCCGAAAGCCAGAACGAAAAACCAGUGAGUCCAAGAAAAGCUUGUUUCCUUGGUUAUCCAGCGAGCCGCCUGGCAGAUGAGAAUUGUUGUAAAGAGCAGUUAAGUAGUAAACAGAAAGUCCGAAGUACAACUUUAAAGGACAAGGAAACGCCUGUCUUACAUCUUCCUACUGAGCCUGGUCCUGAAGAGACGAUUAUCUUUUUCCAUAUCAACGUCCAAGGAUCGCUGUAUUGCAGUGUGAUAGUCACCAAGGAAAGGGGAAACAUGCAGCAACAGACUUUUUAUAAGCAGUUUCAUCCUUUGGUACUUUUGACGUUGGCCGUACUUGUUUCGAGAAAUAUCGGAGGUUCGCAUGGCUGUCAGAGCGACCCAAGCCUCUACUUCAUUGACGAUCACAAUAUCAAAUGUGCCACUGUCAAAUCUUUGCAACAACCAAACCCUUCCUUUCAAACAGUAGUCACUAAAAUUGCUGAAGGAGCAGGGAUUGACAUUGAUGUGCGAAACAGAAUGAUCUAUUGGAGUGACACCACGGCGUGGACGAUAAACCGAAUGAACUUGACUUCAGGAGAAAUAAAAGUCAUUGUUAGGCAUAAUGUAGGAGAGGUUUACUCCCUGGCUGUUGAAUGGGAAAGCGGCUUGAUCUACUGGACGGAUUAUAUCUAUGAGAGAAUAGAAGUAGCUAAACUUGAUGGGAGCUCCAGGAAAACUCUUGUAACACAAAACGCGCGUUCGCCUGUUGGAAUUUCAGUCGAUCCAAGAAGUGGAUACAUGGUUUGGGUGGAGCACGAUUACGCAACGAGGAAGAUAAUGCGUGCAGAUUUGACAGGCGAAAAUCCUCUAGAGUUGCAAAAACUUUUUUAUGGCUUGCCUUUAUAUGUCAUUAUUAAUCACAGCGAUAGUCGAGUGUACUGGACCGAUAUUCAUCGUUCAUUUACUUUUAUUGGGUCAAUUGGAAUUAACGGAAAUCGUUUAAAAUAUGAGAAAUAUCUUCAUCCAACUUACUUCCCAUUUGAUUUGGCAAUCUCUCAAAAUAUCUUUUAUUGGGCUGACCAGAAUUUGCAUGGAGUCUCGUGGUUCAAUCAGAGUUCGUCUUCCAGUGUGGUGAAUCUUCAAAAUCUAUCUCCUCUUGAUUUAAUUGGAGUGGCAAUAUCUGAUUCAUCAACUCAACCAAUAGCGAUCCAGGAAAAUCCGUGCGUAGUCAAUAAUGGAAAUUGCAGCAAUUUGUGCUUGUUAACCCCAGGAAGGGCAAGAAAGUGCGCCUGCCCUGAAGGAAUUAAAUUAAGGAAUGACAGCAUCACUUGUGAAAACGAAACUGCGGCUGCAACACUACCACCGCCCCUUCCAGCCAUAAAAGUUCGCCUCAGGCCCCUGAGCGCCUCCAAGGAAGGUAAAGGCCGUGUCGAGGUUCUCUAUAACGAAGUUUGGGGAACAAUUUGUGAUGACUACUGGGGUCUCGACGAGGCGCACGUUAUCUGUCGCAUGUUGAACUAUUCGGGAGCACAAUUUGCACCCCGGAAUGCAUUCUUUGGCCGUGGAUCAAUUUUUAUGCCAAUUCACUUAGACAAUAUUAAAUGUCGAGGCGACGAGUCGACAAUUGCUGCGUGUCGCCAUAAUGGUUGGGGCCAAAAUGAUUGCUUACAUUCAGAAGAUGCCAGUGUGGUAUGUUGGACCGACUCGGCUCCUCCUAUUCAAGAGCCAACUUUGGCCCCUGGACCCUAUCCAGAACUAAAAGUGCGAUUACAAGGUGGAGACAAUUAUUAUAAGGGUAGAGUUGAAAUUUACCUGAAUGGAACCUGGGGAACAGUAUGUGACGACUCUUGGGGAAUUGAAGAAGCCAACGUCAUUUGCCGAAUGCUGAACCACACAGAAGGAGCCGUCAGCACGCAGUGCUGUGGAUUCUAUAAUGGAUAUGGCGUUUCCGAAAAGAUUUGGCUGGAUGAUGUUCACUGCGUUGGAGAUGAAAAUAGCAUCGCGGAGUGUCGCCAUGGCGGCUGGGGAAAACACAACUGCCGUCACUCAGAAGAUAUAGGGAUCGUUUGCAAGCAUGCUCCAUUAUCAACACCAGAUCAAAUUGUGCGACUAGCAGACGGAGCUCGAGAGAGCGAGGGACGUGUGGAAAUAUUCCAUAAUGGAGAGUGGGGAACGGUUUGUGAUGAUCACUGGGAUAUCAACGAUGGAGAUGUUGUAUGCAAAAUGCUAAAUUACUCGAGAGCACUGCGAACCCCCAAACAGGCUUUCUUCGGUCCAGGAAAUGGUAAAAUUUGGCUUGGCAAUGUGAAAUGUAGCGGGAAUGAAACAAGUCUUUUGCAGUGUGGAAACCCGGGUUGGAAUGUUGACAUUUGUGACCACCACGAAGAUGCAUCUGUUAUAUGCGAAACUGAGGCACCACAUUUAGAAUCCAAAAGUUUUAUUCUAGCAUGUGGACUCGGACGAGAACUUCUUUAUCAUGUCCCUCUUGAUACGAAUCUGCCUGAAAAAGGUGUGCCCCUGGCAAUAGAGACUAACACUCCACUGGCAGUAACCUUUAACAUUGAAGACAACUUGAUGUACUGGACAGAACAAUCUGGAUCUAUUCAUCGUGCUUAUUUGAAUGGCAGCUUCAGGGAAGUCUUAUUAACAGACCUCAUCCGGCCCACGGCUAUUGAAAUAGACCACGUGGGUAAUAACCUAUACGUGGCAGAUCAAAAUGGUGUCACAGUAUCGAAGCUUGAUGGUUCAUAUCAGACUCUCCUGAUCAACAUGACAUCUUGUCAUGGAAUUGCUUUAGACAGCGUAGCAGGGUAUAUAUAUUUCACUGUGACUGGUAUUAGUCCAAGAAUAUUACGCGCAGACAUGGAUGGUAAAAAUCCGCUUGUUUUGGCCAAUGUGUCCUCCAUAAGAGGAACCACAUUGGACAUAGCAUUGGACAAGGUCAACAAUCGACUUUUUUACUCGGACGAAGGCAACAACAUGGUGAAGUAUAUCAAUUUAACCAGUGGAGUGCAUCACGCUGUGCUGUACGGUAAUCCUCGCAGACCAGUUGGUCUUGCCUUAUUCAAUGGAACCCUUUACUGGACCGGUGAAGGGACUGUGGAGUUGUUUAGUGGUGGCAUCUAUAAGGUUAAAGCUGACACUUUAAAUGGGGGCAUCGUUCGUGAGGUGGUGGACCUUCUUUCGUAUCCUAAAGGAAUAUAUGCUCAUGACGCCCGAAUGAAGAUACCAGCAGUCGAUGAUAGUCAUCCUUGCGCUAGAAACAAUGGCAGCUGUUCCCACCUCUGUUUAAUAAACCCAACAGGCCACAGCUGCAUCUGUGUCGGAGCAGGUUCAUGCCAGACAUCUGUCAGCUCAUCAGCCUCUAUUACAAGCGGUAUGAAUACGGCAACCGCCAUGUCCUACUCAUCAACAACUCAUGCUACUGCAACAUCAGAAAUUCAUGCUUCAGCCUCAGUUUCUUUAUCAAUCUCAUCUGCGAUGUCCUCAUCAUCAUCUUCCAUGACCUACCAUAUGGUGACUGAACACGCACACACAACAACAGUCAACUUUUCCCCUUCACCGGUGGCUCCGACGGCAACACGUGUAAGCCUUACACCUUCCCAAAUCCCGUCUGAUAUCUGUGCAUCGCAAAAUCCUUGUGAGGAUCGAGGUAGCUGCCAAGCUGAUGUUAUCGAAGGCUACAAAUGCGUGUGCUUGGAAUAUUUUAUUGGCCAAGACUGUUCAAUAGACAUAAGUGAAGGAGUGGUGGUCCUUGUCAUAAAAAUUCAAGGAAAUGAGUUCAACAAAACCGACCUGAAGCAAGUCAUCCUUCAAAUCUUGAAUCGCCUCUGUGAAGAUCCCGAAAGCGAACAGUGUCUAAUAACAACAUCAGGCGGGGCAAGAAGAAAACGGGAAGUGCCAAAGGAAACUUUCAGUCACGCAGAGGUCAUAGUAAAGGAACCGAAAAAAAUCAAUGGUAACCUUCAAGUAGAGCUAGCCGUCAUCAAACGGAUGUCCAAUGGUUCAAUAUCUGUUAUAUCUGGCGCAAAUCUUGCCAGGAUAGUAAACGCUUCGGCGGCAGAAAUCGGUCAUAAACUGGGAGGGACGUUAUUAAGUGUCAUGUCGAAAUUCCCUGGACCAACAGCUCAGGCUACACAGUCUACCAUGCCGGUUGAUAAUUCCACGACAAUAACACAAAAACAACCCCAGGAUAGCACGACAGUACCUGGAACAACGACCGGUCAGGUACCAGCUGGUCCGGGUUCUGCAGCUGCCAAUAAGGGAGGAGGAGACAACGGUGGAGUUAUCGGCGGUGUGGUGGUAGCCUCCCUUGUUAUCAUUAUCUUGGUUAUCGCACUGGCGGUCUGGUAUUUCAGGGUAAAAAUUCCAAGUCUCGCUUUUUCUUACAAAAGGAACAGUGAUGGUCCUGAGCUACGAGUGGCUUCGUUUGAGAAUCCCGGAUAUGAAACCGGAAUAGGAUUUGCGACACAUGGUGAUGAUCUAUACCAAGAUCUACCUCCGCCGGUUGUUCUAUCCCCGUACGAGGAUCUCAAUGACUAUGGCGCUGUUAGCAAUCCUAUGUACUCUGAAUUUGGCGCCGACCAUGAAGCUUCGGUUAGGAGGUCUAAUUUCGGUACAAGUUUGUUCAGCAGCCAUGGGAAAGAAACCGAGAUUGGAGCGAAUGAUGCUAAAAAAAGCAAUGGAAGUAUGGCAGUAAAUAAGAUCUCUUUGAAAGAUAACAGUGUGGUCAAAAUGAAACAUGAUGGCAAGGAGACUAGUACAAACCAGGGGCGUGAAAACAAAGGCCAAACCGUUCUUGUUUUAGAAGACGGCGAAGAGAUUAACAAGGCGUCUGAGCUAUGAAUUACACUGGUUUAAAAAUGCUGCGAAAUACGUAGCAAAGCCCAUAAUUUACAUUUCACAAAAUUGAACAAACUCCUAACAUGGUUUCCAUCCAAAAAUAUGGACUUUUUAAUAACAAACAAAACCAUAAAAUAAUUUCGCUAAACCUCGCCCUUUCGUUAUUGUGUGUUGCAAUUAGAGCUAACUAGAUCUUUUAGAAAAAUAUAAUUAAAAAUGUGAAACUAGAGUAAGAAUCGUAAAACCGCUGUGUUCUCGUACAAUAAUGAAUUGAAGGCCGCCUUGGAUUUUCUUUUGGUGCGAACCUCCACAUUCAUUGCUUACUGAACUUAUAUUGUUACAGUUUCUCACAAUUAUGAUAUGUAGGAAUGAAAACGUACACGGAUU